GAGUACCUUGAUACAUGCAUUCGAGGAGUGAGCCGAUCAUGUAGUGAGGGUGGUCUGCACACAUUUGACCCGAUUCGGCUAUUACAAAACAGCUUCAUACCUAAAUUUAUAUUAUGAAAAAGUCAUGAAUGCACGGUCUCAAGUUUUUGAACUGUCUCUAGAGGGACGUCAAGUACAAGAAGCAGUAUGCGGGAUAUUUCAUACGCUGCUUUUUCAUCGAACACUGGGCAAGUUCCACUACAAGAAAGAAGGAAGUUACUCCGUGGGCACAGUCGGCUUUGAAGACGUUUGUUGCGACUUCGUCGACUUCACAUACGUACGCUGUGCUUCCGAGGACCUGAAUCGUACCCUCGCGAAAGAAGUCUGUGCAUUUAGCGAGCAGCUUCGCAGCACUGACGGACCAAGACAGGGACAGAUAUCGCUAGAGUUCUACCAAAAGAAGCGUGCUCGCUGGCUGCUACCUGCAGAGAGCAUCCCAUGGGAAGUGUGGAAUAUCAAGUUGAACGUUAUCACUCUACCCAAUGAGCACGAGCGACAGAAGUACAGAGAGAGCGUGGGAGAAGUUCUGGCCGAGAAAGUGAUGGCUGUUGCGGCGUCCAUCAACCGCCACGAAUACAUACCCAAGAUGCCCGGCCAGUCGGAUCUGGACCUCAUUUUCGACACCAGCUAUAGCGACGUCCAGCCCUACCUAUUCAAGGUCUUAUACCAGACAUCAGGGCCAUCCAAUACAUCUGUUGGAACAACUGUGAGGAAGCUCCUCAAAGACACACUUUCGUUUUAGCCUGUCAUGACAACUGCCACUCGAUGUACCUUAUCAAUGUAGGAAACAUUGCUGGCGCUAAACUAUAGUUCAGUGUUGAAUGUAGUUGAACAUAGUGGACUAUAGACAAUAUAGUACGCCUUGUUGGUUGAUCUGACUGUAAGCACAGUGUUGGGGGUCAUUGUACGAACAGCUAGGUUGCACGUAUCGUGUACAGCGUUCUGCUGCUUUGUCUGGGGAUGAUUUCUAGGUGGAAGUGCAGAUGUUUGUGUGGCUGUGAGGAUUUGUGCCUCUCAUAUUGAGAAACCUUACGUCAUUGCAGAAAUGUGUACGUAGAAGUUGGAGAAGCACGGUUGUAGUGACGUUAGUCGUGUCAUACUCGGAACACGUAUACCUUGUGUGCAAUUUUGCUGCCUUUCAAAAAUCGUGCUCAGAAAUAAUAGCGUGAACCACUAUGAAAUAAUAGCAUAGCUUCUGAUGCCACAACUAACCUUGUACAGACACCUGACAUCAUCAUCUGUGAAUAUGCACACACAAUCAAUUAUGCCUCCCAUCGGGACACUAACGACUCUAUUCAGUGUACAUAAUAGGUUGUAUAUUGUUCCUUUUAUAAGUAUAACCAAUAUCUGGAAUAAUAAAGGCUGAUGUUUCCAGUA